AUAAAUGGACUCGCUAAUUCAAAUUUGGCAUAACGAUGGAGAAGAACAGAUUUUAAAAUUUGAUUAAAUAAUGUGUUCGACUCAACUUUGCUUCAUUAAAAAGUAUGUUUUAUUUACUUUUUCUCAUAAUUUCAAGGCCGAUGAUAUGACUCUCAAAUGAGAUCCACUUACAAAAUGCAUCGUACAGCGUUAAAUGUCUUCAUGGUGCGCAUGCGUAAUGAGUAUUUCCUUCUGAUUAUGCGCAUGCUCAAGAACAAUAAUCCAUAUCGCGCAUGCCUGCAUGCUGUGUCAGAGCACGUUUUUUUGCAUGUGUUAAGAACGUCGUGUGAGGUACACUUUAUCAUUUUAUAGGCAACCAUGCGUUGACAAGCGCGUUACUAAAUGCCUUAGGGGGGAAUUUAGCUAUCCAGGGUCAAGGUCAGGUCCCAGGUCGGACCGGUCAGACCGGUAGCCAGAGGCGGCCUGGAACGGACAGGUCUGGCUUUGAGCUGGGAGCAAGCGUUCCAGUAGGAGACCGGGCGCAGCAGGAACUGCAACGCGCGCAGGAAACGCAACGCCGGCAACAGGAAGUUGUGCGUCGCCAGCAGGAAGAGCAACAGAGGCUGCGGGAGUGGCAGCAACGGCAACGCGAGGAGCAGCUACGACAACAACAACAAGCCCAACAGGCGGCUGUGCCAGUCCGACCAAAAAUGUGGACAAUGAUAACGCAGCAGAGCCAACAACAAACUCAGCAACAGAGGCGUACUAAUCCUCGACCCGAUCGCAUCCAAGGUGUACCGGAUAUGCCUCCACCUCCACCAAAUACUGGAAGUCAGGCUGGUGCAGCCGGCGCCGGUGCCGCUGGAACGCCGGAUGUUAUGCAGCAAUUGAUGGCCGUAAUUGGAGGAGGAGGCGGACGUGUCGGCGCUGGGGGCAUGGAUACGAGCGGAAUGGGCGGACUCUCUUCACUGUUACUUGGGGGAGACGCCGGAGGGUUCGGAGGGACCGCGGGUGUCGGGCAAGGCGGUGCGAGUGGCGACCCAUUUGGCAUGGGAGUAGGUAGCUUGGACAUGUUCGGAGGCGGAUGGUUAGGAGGAGGGACCACAGGGGCACCGGAUUUGUUUGGCUCGAUGUUCCCAGUACAAGGGGCAGUAGAUGCAAAUCCGUUUGGCUCUUCUCCCGGAGCAGGUAUGGACCUGGGAGCUCUGUUCAGCGCUCUCUCUGGUGGUGCUGCCGGUGCUGGUGGUGCUGGAGGUGCUGGCGGUGCUGGCGGUGCAGGCAAUACCGGUGCUGGAGCCGCAGCUCAGGCCGGAAGUGGCGCCCCAGCAGGCGCAGCUGGGAUGGGAGCGGGGCAAGUAAUUGAUCCGUUUUCAAUGGGAGGAACGCUAGGAGGCGCGGGAGCAGCAGGAAUGGCCGCCGGUAUGCUCAACCCUAUGGGACCAAACCGUCCGUUUGUACCAGGCAUGACCCCUGGUCUCGUCAUGGAUCUUAUGAACGGCCGCCCUGGACCGGUGCCGAUGGACAUUGCACAGGAAGCGGCGGCUAUGCGCGCCAUGGGUAUGACCCCGGAGCAGAUCUCCGACACUCUGGGAGACAAGAUGCAGCUGCGCAAAAGCAUUCCAUAG